CCCGGGCUGGUCCGCACCUCCCGGGGCCGCCUUCCCUCCUGCCGCGGGCGCCAGCGUCCCUGAUCCUCCGACCCGCCGGCGCCAGCGUCCGCGCGUCACGUUCGCGCCGGGCCUGCGGCCCCGGGGGUGCGGCCUGCAGCGGCGCGGGGCGUCGAGCCGGGUGGGGUCCCGCAGUCCCGGGGCUGCCUCCCUCCCGCCGCACGGGCGGCUGCGGAGGCUCCGGGAGCCCUGGCUCUCCCGCACCUCGCCUCCCCGCCCUCCGCAGCCGCAGCCGCCCUGCCCCGCGCCGCGCGUCGGACGGACCCGCGGGAGCUCCCACCGCCCUCCGGGCCUGCAGGCCCCGCCCCCCGACGUCGCCCCGCGCGCCCCGGCCUCUAGACCCCGCCCCGCCCUGUGCGCACCUCGCGUGAGGGGUCGUCGCCCCGCCCCGACGUCGCUGCGUACGCGGGUCGCCCGGCGCCGGAUGACCCCGCGCGCCGCAUUCACUUCCCGCCGCGUGCUUCCGCCUGGUCCCACAGCCCCGCCCCGCGUCGCCCUUGCCCGCUCUGCCGCCGCAGCCAUGUGGGCGGUCACGCCCCGCCGGUGCGGGUUUCGCGAGGGGCUCCGGGCGUUCCUCCGCGGUGGCCACGUGGCUCUCCCUCCGGGCGGGGCGCGGGCCCUGCGCGGCUCGCCGGUCUCCUGCGGCAAGAACCUACUCAAGAAAUUCGCUUCGAAAACCAAAAAGAAGUUUUGGUACGAAGGUCCUUCCUUGGGCUCUCACUUGAUGUACAAGCCGACCCGGCUGGAGUUCCUAACGAAGAGCACCUCGAAGAAGACCAGGAGGGACGAGCACGUGCGCCUGCGGGCUCUGAAUGGCCUCCUCUACAAAGCGCUCACGGAUCUGCUGUGCACCCCGCAAGUGAGCCAGGAAAUCUGUGACCUGAACGUGCAGCUGUCCAAGGUGUCUCUGACCGCAGACUUCUCUGCCUGCCGCGUGUACUGGAGGACUGAGGUCCCCACCCAGCGGAACACAAGCACAGAGGCCGUCCUGCAGAGGAGCGCCGCCCACAUGAGGCACCUGUUGAUGUCCCAGCAGACCCUGAGGAACGUGCCGCCAAUUGUGUUCAUUCGGGACAAAGGAAAUGCGGCUCUGGCGGAGGUUGAGCGGUUGCUGGCUGUGGCCGAUCUGGGACCCCGGGAUGAGAAAGAAGACUCUGUACAAGAGGACAUCGGCGGCCCCGGGGCCCGGGACGCUCCUGCUCCGCGAGGCACCCCGACCUCUGCCACAUGCUCAAGUCUGUGUGGGAUCGAUCAUGAGGCACUCAACAAACAAAUUAUGGAGUACAAGAGGAAGCAAGGGCGCAGGACCGUGAGUCCUGAGGAGUCGCGGAUGACGGCUGAUCUGGCGGCGGAGAUGAGAGAGGGGAAGGUGGCAGCCGCACCCUGUGCAGAUGGGGACCUCUGCCCCGGGAAUCACCUGCUGGGGGCGGCGGGCGGCAACCCCAGCCCUGACCUGGGAGGCCCCCGGGGUCCCAAGCGGCAGGGCAGGCGGCGGCCAGGGGCAGAGAGCGGGAGGUGGGGAGGGGGUGGGUCCUGAAUGUCAGCUGUGCUGACGGAACCCAGGGCUCCUCGGGGGCUGUGCUGUCCCUGACACAGGUGCACUUGGACCUUGCAUUGAGAAGGGCGGUGGCCAUGGGAAUCGUGGGACAGUCUGUCAGCACCCCGGCCGCCGUCGGUCCUCCUCAUGAGUGCCCGCAUGUGCACACCCUGUGCGGAUUGUGUGAGGGACUCAUGGGGACUCGCUGUUGUGCAGCCCCCACACAUGGGUUCGUGGUUGGGACGGCCAAGCAUCGUCACCGUGUUUGCAUGGGUGUCCGCUCGCGCCCCAAACGCUGUCCUCACGGUCAGUCUGCUGAAGGAUGGCCCCACGUCCAGUUUCCCCGGGCAAGAGCUCCGUGACGUGCCCUGUCAGAUGUGUGCUGUCGGAAGGACGUAGAAUAAACCCUUACCGAGUCUGA